AUGGAGAAGUCGAGUAGCGAAGACUCGCUCGGCCGCAGCCCGUCGCCGGACAGCAAGGCGUCGGACGCGGCCGCGCCGUCGGGCCCGGGCCGCCCGGCGGGGCGCGGCGGCGGCGGCGGCGGCUUCACGGCCGGCGCCUUCUACGGCCCGGCCGAGCGGCGCGGCCCCGCCGGCCCCCAGGGCAGCAAGUACGUGGUGUUUUACCUGGACCUGUCCUUUGUGUUCCUCCUAGAGUUCAAGAGGUGCAGCAUGGCGCGGGGCUGCCUCUGCGGCCUCAAGUACGCGAUGUUCCUCUUCAACCUGGUGUUCUGGCUCUGCGGCUGCGGGCUGCUGGGCGUGGGCAUCUGGCUGUCCGUGUCCCAGGGCAACUUCGCCACCUUCUCCCCCAGCUUCCCCUCGCUGUCCGCGGCCAACCUGGUCAUCGCCCUGGGCGCCGUUGUCAUGGUGACCGGCUUCCUGGGCUGCCUGGGGGCCAUCAAGGAGAACAAGUGCCUGCUGCUCAGCUUCUUCGUCGUCCUGCUGGCCAUCCUCCUCGCUGAGCUCAUCCUGCUCAUCCUCUUCUUCGUCUACAUGGACAAGGUCAGCGAGAACGCGCAGCAGGACCUGAAGGAGGGGCUGCUGCUCUACAACACGGACAACAAC